UUGGUGUACGCUUCUUACCCCUAGUAUAGUAUGUUCUGUGUUCUUAGUUAAAAAAAAACUCUAUGGCGUAAUGCGUUCAAUGUUGUAAAAAUGUGUUGUUGAGUUUUGAAUGCACUUAUUCGUACUUAUUGAUUAUUGAUCUAGUUUCAAUUUAUUGUUGUUUAAGUUUAAAGUGAACUUCAUUGCUCCAAAUCUGAAAGGAGACACUACAGAAGCUUAUUACGACACACGUUCAAGAUCAUCUGCCGAAAGUGUAACGUAUUACAAUGAGUUUUGAGUGACAUGUCGUCGCCAUUUUGGUAAAGGACAUCUUAGAUAAUUAAUUUGUUAAUAAUUUAGAUACGUUAAUUAUUCGUCUAACCAACUAAGUUGAGUAAGUUUCCACUCGCUAUUUUACGAAACAAUGGCUGAAAAUGGUCCAAAGGAGCCUCCGAUACAAACAGUAAGUGGAUUGCCACCAAAUCAUAAUCCGUGGCUCUAUAACAUGAAUAUGUACCAUCAAUAUAAUGGAUAUCAUGGUGGUAUGUAUCCACCAUACUACAACCAGUACUUUAACCCGAUGGUUAACAAUGGAGGUUUUUCUAAUAAUAAUCCUCAUCAAUUUCACCAAAACAAGGAGCAGAAGAUUGAUAUAAGUCACCCCCAAUUCUCAAAACCACCUCCAACUUCCCCUUUGCUUGGUAUGUCUCCCCUUGAUACCAAUCGUCCAUUCUUCAACCAAUCUCCCAUUAGGUUCAAUCUCAACAAUAUGAGAAAGCCACCACCUCUACCUGUAAACGAAAAUCCACUUCUUUCCAAUAACAAUGGCCCUAAAAAGAAACGCAAGAAGCCUAACAGUAAAUUCAAUGAGGAUAAAACUGAAGACACAAAUGAAAUCCUGCCCCCGCUGCCUGACCAUCCUCCUCCAUUGCCACCCCUCCCUCCACCGGAAAUCCCUAAGCCCCCUCCUCCUCCAAUUGAUGUACCACUGCCUCCUCCAGUGGCUACAGAAGACAUACCUCAACCACCAGAACCAGAAGAGUUCAAAUUCACCAUGAAUGAAAGUAUUUCUACUAAUGAGGCUCAAAACAAAAAUGCCUGUAAUUUAUUCAAUGAUCCAGAUUCUAGAAAUAAUUGGCCUGAAAGUUUAGAGAGAUAUAUCAAAAGAUGUUAUGAAAAAUGUAAAUCUGCAUUUGAUCGUGAUCAAAUUGAUAUAUGUCUAAAAGGAAGAAUAACUGCAGCUGCCAAUAAAGAUGAAAUAUGGACUAGGAAUUGGGAUGAGGAACCUAUUCCGAGUGUUCACAGUGAAAGAAAUAAUCUGGCUGUAAAGCCUGUGCGUGGCACAUUAAAUUUGUAUCAGAAGGUAGAAAAUGCUACGGAACCUCAUAAAAGUCGUGGUUCAAUAAACACCCGGGGUUUUAAUGGUCAUAAGAACUCUCCACAGCGCAGGAGACGCCCUAGCACUAGGAGCAGAUCUAAGUCUCGGAGUCCUCCUAGGAAAAGGCUAAGCGCCUCUUCUGCUUCUGGUGAUGAGGUUGAUGACAAAAAAAUUGUAAAAGGCAAAGGGCGUCAGAAAGUUAAGGAUAGACUGUCUUUAGAUCAAAAGAAAAAUGAUAAACCUUAUCAUAAAAACACAAACAAAAAGAAACAAUCAUUUGACCAAUUUGUUGUUGAAGAUUUCCAGGGUAAUGCUGAAAAACUGCAGAAAAGGGCUGAACGGUUUGGUAACACAGGUGUCCCUACCAUAGCCAGCUCUUUACAGGGUGGAAUCAAGAGACAAGAACCAACUAUACGUAGACCAAUUAUCCAAGACACUGAUGGUGACUAUGAAAUAAAUAACAUGCACAUAGUGGGCACAUGUCUGGAUAUUGAAAAGUCAUUUUUAAGAUUGACAAGGGCACCAGAAGCAUGUGAAGUGCGACCUGUGACAGUUUUAAGAAAUUCUCUCAAAUAUGUUAAAGAUAAAUGGGUAGAAAAACAAGAUUACACAUAUACUUGUGAUCAGUUGAAAUCUAUCAGGCAAGAUUUAACUGUACAAGGAAUUCGAGAUGAGUUCACUGUAGAAGUGUAUGAAACACAUGCACGAAUUGCUCUUGAGAAGGGCGACCAUGAAGAGUUUAAUCAGUGUCAGACUCAGCUCAAAAUGCUGUACAGUGAAUUGCCUGACUGUAAAAGUAAUGCUCCAGAAUUUACAGCUUACAGGAUAUUGUAUUAUAUUUUCACAAAAAAUACCUUAGAUUUAACUACAAUUUUUAAGUUUCUUUCAAAGGAAGAUAGAGAAAAUAAGUGUGUCAAACAUGCACUUCAAACAAGAUGUGCGUGGGCUACAGGAAAUUUACAUAAAUUCUUCUUGCUGUAUAGAGCAGCCCCCAUGAUGGCAGGAUAUCUCAUGGACUGGUUUGUUGAACGAGAACGAAAGCAGUACCUGAAAUACAUCUUAAAGUCGUACGUCCUUUAUUUUUUUACAAAUUUACUAUUCCAUAUUGGGGCUAUGCGUUAUGCCGCUUACAUACAUACAGUGCGAUCUGUGAAUUGCUUUCUAUUUUCAUAUCAUUAUAAACCCAUAAAAUUUCAAUUCAUUUGCAAAAACAAGUAUUUUCAUAAUGUUAAUUAAGAAAGGUGAGAAAUAUAGAAUAGUAAGAUCAAUGAGUAUUUAUAAGUGCAAUGAUAGAUCAAUAGCCUGCAAAAAAGCCACAUUAUUCUACUUACCUGGGCAAGGGCAACAUUCUGUUUUUAUUAAAAGGUUUUAAUUAGCUUCUCCGGUUUGUAUGGUUGAUCAAAUUUAUUACUUAAUUGGAAAAGUUGUUAGUCUCCUAACUGGCGCAUUCACACACCUGAAGGAACGGGUAUUUCAAAUGCUUCACUAGGCUAAAUAUUUGAGGCAUUUUAAGAUAAAACAUUACCAUUAACUAUAGUCAUCACAAUCCCAGAGGCUAACUCUGACAGCUGCUAUGUAGUGAGAGGUAAAAAAGGUUGGUUGUUGUUUAUGACCAAUCCUAAAGUCAUAUUGAGUUAAAAUAAUUAGAGUUUGUAAUCACCGGAUCAGAAAAUAUAAUAAUCUCUCUAGAAGAGCAUUAACGAAACAAUGACAUCAAGAUAAAAAGGUCUUUGAAAGAUCCACACCAUUAUACACAAUAUCAAAGAUCUUAUAAUAUACUAUAUAUUAAAUUAAACCAAAACAUCAAGAAGAAAAGGUUUUUCUAAGACCCAAACCAUUAUAAACAAAAUCAAUGAUCAAUCAAUAUGUUCAAUCAAACCAAAAACAUGUAUGAUUCGAUUUUGAUUUUAAGAAUAUAAAUUAAGAUAGUUCUGAAAACAAACAACUGACUUGUAACUUCACUAUGGUAAUGGACCUGAAGGUUUGAAAUUGAAAUGACAGUCAUUCUAGAAGGCUGUUGAGUUAUUAGUUUCUGAAUGAUUUGUCUAUAUUGGUUAUGAAAGUGACAUAGUAAUGGAUAAAUAUUAUGGAUUUGAUUUUUUUUUUUACUUGGAUGUUCUAGUACAUUUAAAACAGGUUAUAGCGGUACAUAGACUGACAAAUAGCAGAGGGACCUCUUAGAUAGUGUCGACUAUAGUUACCUGGAGUAGUGUGGUCAUCGCGCCGUAAGGGCUGAUCACGGGGUGCUUUGAAUCGUAGGCUUAACGCUUAACGCGUAAUACGAAAUAAUAUUCUUGAAAAAUUAUUUUAUUAAAUCUUAUAAAUCGAGCACAUCGUUAUUUUUAUUAUGAUUAUUUAAUUUACAAUAAAAAUUACCUAAUUGGAAUAACCAGAAGAUCUAGCGUAGUAUGAAAGCAAAAUGUGCGCUUAUAAAAAUCAUAUGAUUUGCGUGAAUUCUGUAUUUUACAUGAAUUUCAGUGUACUACCAAUAUUUUUUAUUAUACAAUAUUUAGGUACUAAUAUACUAUUGUCAGGGCAUGGAUAUUGAAUUUGGAUAAUUGGUUUUGGUUUGGGCGCAUGUGUUUAUUUAUACAUUUAAGCACCAAAUCUUUUGACUAAUGUAUGUAACCAUGAACACUGUGUUCAAAUCAUAAGGAUAUGAAUUAUUUCUUAGUGACAAAGGGAGGGGAUUGGACAUAAUAAAGUUCGAUAAAUGUUAUAUCUAUAACGACUAUAUUAGAAUACCUAGAAACACACUACUUCAAUUGACAAAAAAGACGAUUGUUUGCUAACUUCUUAAAUAUAACAUGCUAAUUGACUACACGACACAAGUUGUCAUGAGUAGGUAAAGAUAUGUAAUUCUAACACUAUAAUUAUAUUAUUUAAUUUAUGUGCAUGAAGUUAAAUAUUAAUGGAGUAUUGGGAUAUACUUUUAUUUAUUGUUUUCUUCCUUUCAACACUUUGUUGUUGUAGAGGAAAUUACAUAAAGUUACUUAUUGUCCCAUCCCCUACUGCUUUUGUGAUCAGAGAUUCUUAAUGUUUAGUAUUUAUAUUCUAUUCAUACGAAUUAGAAUAUAGGUACUAAAAUGUCCUCUUGCCAGCAUUGCUGGUUGUGUUUAUUAAUUAAUUUUUUAUAUGUGCAGCUACAGACAGAGCGUUCCUGUGGAUUUCAUCAUUCGAGAGUUGGCGUUCGAUUCAAGCUCUAAGGCAAUUGAAUUUCUAAGUCAAUUCAAACUUUCAUAUACUGAUUGCGAUCAAUCUCAAUUAGAUUGCAAAGCCAGUCUUCCAGCUGUUCAAAGUCUUUAACAUUUUGUAUAUAGCCGUCAUUAUUUAGUAACGUGUUGUUGCGCGAUUAUGUAACGACGGGAGCUACAUCACUCCGUUUGCGGCGUUCCUGUCAGCGUUGUUCCUGUCAGCGUCGUAAUCAUCGAUCAACAUAAUUCACGUCUUAAUUUUAAGCACUUUGCUAGGAUGAGGGCGGCACAAUGGACAUUUACCUACACUUAUAUUCAGUUGUACAGCAGUUACGGAUUAAGUAUUGAAGAUAUUAUUACUCAGCAUGAAGACAGCAGGAAGUCAAUAUGUGAAGUACAGUGGAAUAAACAUUUUUAUGUGAAGUGAUUAAAGACUUGCAGUUACAGUAGACGUUGUAGAUAUAAUGUAGCUUCUGAAUGGACCUAAAUGGGUGUUAUCGUUAAUGUUUUGUAAAUAUUGUCAUUUUAUUAUUGUCUAUUACUUACAAGUUUUGAUUCGUAAUUAUGAAAUAUUUUUAAAGCUCGUGGUUUAGAAUUAGUACUCAAUAAAUAGUUUUGUUUUUAUAAUGUA